CGCAAUAAAAAAUUAAAAAAAUCUGCAACACCUCAAAAAAUGGAACUGAAUGAAACCCAACAACAACACUACUUCACCAGCAACAACUCUGACACUGUCACCACAACUCCGUCACCGACCAAUGGGCUUCUGCUACCUAACGACGGUGGAGGGUCCCACCACAUGGUGUACCCUCACUCCGUGCCUCUGUCGGUUACGUCGGCGUUGGAGCCGGCGAGGAGGAAGAGAGGGAGGCCUAGGAAGUAUGGAACGCCGGAACAGGCCCUGGCUGCUAAGAAGAUGGCGUCGUUGAGCUCCAAGGUGCGGAGAGAACUGCAGCAACAGCAACAACAACAACAGUUGGGUCUUGGUGGCGGUGGUGGGUCUUUGAAGAAGUCUCAGUUGGUUGCAUUAGGCAAUGCAGGUCAAGGUUUUACUCCACAUGUUGUUGAUGUAGUUUCUGGAGAGGACGUGGGCCAAAAAAUACUGAUGUUCAUGAACCAAAGCAAGCGCGAAGUAUGUAUUUUGUCCGCAUCUGGUACAAUCUCGAAUGCAUCUCUUCACCAACCGGCAACAUCCGGCGGUAACAUUGCAUAUGAGGGUCGGUUUGAGAUCAUUUCAUUAUCAGGAUCUUAUGUUCGGAAUGAAAUAGGAGGGAGGACUGGUGGACUCAGUGUAUGUCUAUCAAGUGCAGAUGGCCAGAUUAUUGGUGGCGGAGUUGGUGGACAUCUAAAGGCUGCAGGCCCGGUUCAGGUUAUUGUCGGUACAUUUACGAUAGACAACAAGAAGGAAGUUAGUGCUGGGGCAAAAGGUGACGCCUCCGGCAGCAAGUUGCCAUCUACGGUUGGAGGGACUUCAAUAUCCAAUGUUGCCUUUCGCUCGGCUUUUGAAACUUCAGGAAGAAACCCAAUCGCGGGAAAUGACGAUCAUCAAAGUUUUGGAGGAAGUCAUUUCGUGAUGCAACUGCGAGGCAUGCAUAUGGCACCUCGGUCCACAGAUUGGAGGAUUUCCCUAGAUGAUAAAACCGGGUUUGAAUUAACUGGAAAAACAGGUCAAUCUCUGCAGAACGGGGUCUACGAUCAGCUCGCCGGAUAGACAUGAUUUGCGAACGAAACACGGUUUCGUUAUAGAUAUUUAAGUCACCGACUUUUUUUUCCUUACGAAGACGUAAUUGAUGUACAACUCCAUGGUCCCUUCCACCUUUAACCAGAGUGUAAUAUGAUAUGCAUGUACAGGUCGGCACGUUAGGCUCCGUUUGGAGUACGGUGGGAAGGUCUACUUGUAAACUGACAUCCGAUGAUAUACGAGUCUCUCGCUGUGCUACUGAAUAGAACGUUACUCGAUAUCGGUUAGGGUGGUAUCGGAUGCCCUCACCGUGGUCGAAAUGGAGCCUAUAAUAUGCCACAGCAUGGAGCAAGGUGAUGGGGCCUUUGACAAUCUUAGUCCUUUGUUUAGUUGAAAUGUUUUCUUUUUCUUAAUAUUGUAGAAAGAUUUGAGUUUGAAUUCUCUGAUAUAAAACA